AUGAUGCUGAUGGGCAUUCUGGAACUGGGUGUUAGUCAAGCAACGGUAUCUCGAACUGUGGAUAGAGUUGUGAACAGCAUAGUUGCACAGUCGAACGAAUGGAUCAAGUUUCCAACUAUCAACCAUGAACUGAUGGAGGCCAAGCGGAUAUGGUCAAGCAUGUAUAAAUUUCCGACAGCAAUUGGUGUAAUCGAUUGUACACAUAUAGGGAUCCUGAAACCAAAUCGCCAUGGAGAUGAGUAUAUCAACCGAAAAGGGAAACCUACUUUAAAUGUGCAAGCCACUUGUGAUGCCAGUCUUCAUGUCAGUUGGCCUGGAUCAGUGCAUGAUUCCAGAAUAUGGAGAAAUUCAGAGACUAGAUCACAACUAAUAAGUAAAGCAAAUGUUGUACUACUUGGCGAUGACGGUUAUGGUAUUGAGCCAUACCUUAUGACUCCCUUCAGAAAUCCUACUCCAGGUGCAGAAAUAAAUUAUAAGAAGCUUUUAAAACAAAAAAAAGUUUUAAUUGAUCGCUGUUUCGGCCAACUGAAACGCCGGUUUCCUAUCCUAGAGUAUACGUUAAUUGAAACAAAUAUGCCUAUUGUAUAG